AUGGAAGCACUACUUCCAAAUUUGAUCAAUCUUUUAGCUUAAAAUUCCGCAAUUACUUAUGAGGUGAUUACAAAAGAUGGAUUUCUUCUCCUAAGCCUAAAUUAAAUGCUAUAUCCAUCACAUUUUAGAAUACAAAAUCUCAAAUGGAUUUGUCUGUUGUUGAGAAUGCAAGUAUAAAGACUUAUCUCUCUAUAUAGCAUAGCUGUUACUUGCUAUCGAUCUCAUAGCAAAAAGAUUAUACUCUCAUUAUGAUUAGCUAAGUCCUUCUAAAGGAUGUCCCAGCAAUAUAAUGA